GGCGGAAAUCCACGUCGCUGACCGAUGGAUCUCUAAUUACUCGUCAUUCUCUCAGGCGUCAUUCUCGAUAUGGAUCUCGAGUGCAAGCGCGGCUUGGGUCUCGAGAAAACCCGAAGAUGCACAGCCUCCACGGGAAUGUCUCGACGCCGAUAUUCAACCACCUCGGCAGCUCAUCGUGGCAUUCCUACGACGCUGCCAUGAUUGUCAGGUUAGGCAAGGGCAUUGGGAGCCACGUGCCCUUGUUUGGCGUUGCUGCAGUUUGCGCCGCGUUCUUUGUCAUCCGGCGGACGAAGAGGAGACGGGUGGCGUUGAGGUAGCACGCUGUUUCUUAUUUCACUCCUCCGCGUAAUCCUCGAUUUUUUCUUCUUCUUCUUUAGAUUGUAUUCUGUCAUAUUACGGUCACAAUUCUAGGAAAAGCGGACUGUGGGGUUUAGUUGCGCCAUGUUGAAGGUCUGGGAGCGAUGAAAACUUUAGAGUACGGAAUGUGUACUAUACGGAUAAGGAAGCUAUAAUUAAUAAUCAUAUGCAUUGGGCGGUAUGCGCUCCC